AGAGUUUAUGAACUCUUGGUAAAAAGUACUCUUUGUCUUGCCAGAUAUGCGAUGGUCCUACCAUUCUCGCGUUCCCAUACUUUAUUGUCCCUGUGACACCGGUGUGCGUUGUUCAUUGGCGCUGUUCUGCCCAGCUACGCGAGCCUUGCUGAUGAGUUUGGCUUGUGUUGGAGAGUUCAUUCACUGCUUCUUGUAAACUGGUUUUGGCAAGCAUCUCAUCAUGGUAACCAAGGGUGUCAUAACAGUCUGCAUUUUGUGCGCUAUCAACCUGCUCAACUACAUGGAUCGCCUUACGAUCAGUGGAAUCCUACCGCUGCUGGAGAAUCCACCGGAUGAAAAACCAGAUCACAAUGUUACCUGCAAGACGUGUUCCGGCUUCGGCAUCACCGACUUCGAGGGCGGCCUGCUGCAGAGCGUCUUUAUCAUUGGUUACAUGGUGUUCUCGCCGAUAUUCGGCUACCUGGGUGACAGGUACAACCGACCGCGCAUCAUCACAGUCGGUAUAAUAGUAUGGUCUGGAGCGACGCUUGGUGGUAGCUUUGCUAACUCGUAUGUAGCCCUACUGCUACUACGUGCCCUGGUCGGUAUCGGUGAAGCUAGCUAUGCCACGAUUGCGCCGACCAUCAUUGCAGACUUGUUUGCCCAGGAGCGGCGAAUGCAAAUGCUGAUCAUUUUCUAUUUGGCUGUGCCAAUUGGAAGUGCACUAGGCUAUAUAGUCAGUGGUCAGGUGACCUCGUUGCUGUGCGACUGCUGGCGCUGGGCAUUCAGAAUAACGCCUGCCCUGGGUAUUCUGCUGGCCGUCGUCUGCUUCUUUCUGCUCAAAGACCCAGCACGUGGCGAGUCUGAGCAUGCUCUUGAGCACUCACAAUCGGCAUCUAGUGGCUGGAGAGCGUACCUUAAAGACAUCAAGUACUGCCUUAAAGUUAAAAGCUAUGUCUGGUCUACAAUGGCGUUUGCGACGACGACCUACACGAUCGGUGCCCUGGCACAGUGGGCACCUACGUAUGCACGCUGGGCUACUGCGUACGAGGACAAGAGUCAGGCGUACUCUGUGAAAUGGGCGGGUCUUGGUGUGGGUGGCAUCACGGUGGUCGCCGGACUUCUUGGCUCGUUCAUGGGCGGCGAGAUUGCGCGCCGGCUGGGGCGCAGAACGAAGCAAGCCAACGCGCUCGUGUGUGGCUUCUCCUCGCUGGUCGCGGGACCGCUGGUCUAUUUCGCUCUGACCUGGUUCCACAUCUACAAGCUCAUCUAUAUGACUUGGACAUUCAUGUUUCUUGGCAUGCUGAUGUUGCUGUUUGGCUGGGCACCUAUGUCCGCUAUGCUGCUCUCCAUCAUCAUACCGAGUCGCCGUGCCACUGCCUCCGCUCUCCAGCUCUUCAUCUCGCAUUUGCUGGGUGACGCACUCAGCCCCUUCCUCAUCGGAUGGAUAUCUGAUGCUAUUCGAGAGAGUAUCCUCUACCCAGACUCGGCCUUAAUACCCAAGCUGGAGUCUGCCACGCCAAAGCAGAUUGCUGCUGAAGAGCGUGCUCUGCGUUAUUCGCUCUACUCGUCCGCAAUUAUGUCCGUUAUCGGUGCACUGUUGUUUGUGAUCAGCUCGUGGUAUUUGCCGGAGGACAUGGACGCAGCGCAGCGGCAUGCUAGGCACCGUUCGGCCUCGGAUGACGACGAGAGCGAUGUGGAAGCCGAGCCCUUGACUUCGGCGCAGGCCACCGAUGGUAGAAAGGAUGCGAGCACGGAGUCCACUGAUGCGUUGAAUGUCACGCCUGAUCGCGUCGUGCUUUGAGCCGCUAUCAACCUGCUGCAGCGCCCCACUGUGGACACUGUUAGUCAUUGCAUUGCCGUGUGCUCUGUUAUUCAGUGUCCGCUUUCCGUGCGCCACACGGCGUCAGCAUCUCGAUGCUCGAUCGAGAGCACGGGGCGUGCUGCCUGCCACCUACAGCUUGUAUCUUGCCCGCGGAUGUUGGCCGUGUGUUGGCCUGUUUUGUUGUAGUUCGUCGGUCAACACGCCAUUGCGUAGAGAAACCGCUGUACUCCCAUCAUUGGCCAAACACCGCUGGGUCAGCAUUGGGUCACGUGCUGCGCAGUUAAGGCAAUGGCAGCCCUGCAGCCGUGUUCUCUGAAUCGCAGUGUUACCGCCGUCUGUCCCAGUGGGCACCACUCCAGCAUAUCGUAAGUGGCCUGCUCACCGUCAGUGCUCGUCGGUGUUGUCCGUGCAGCCCCAUCGAACACGUUACAUGUACAGUGCAGUGAUGUCAUAUACCAUCCUGUCACCAGGAGCCAUCUCUAUUCUUCGAAACCCCGGCCCCAUCUUCUUUUUUUCUUUUUUUUUUACCACAGAGUACUGUAAUUUCACAAAUUUUCGGUGUACUUUUAUUUUCGGUACUUUCGGUGCGUCUGUUUCAUACCUAAAAUUUCAAUACACCGAACAAACACUAAGACACAUAAUCCAAUAGGGAACUGCUUCUCUGUACCGAAAAUUUCUGUUCACCUAACCUGGCCUGUUGCCCUCAUACCGAAAAUAUUGAGCACCGAAAAUUUCUGAAAUUAGAGUAACCUAAAGCCGUCAUGCAGCGCACCCUCCGCAGGAUGCCUGCACACGGCGGUACGGCAAGUAGAAUUUACACCCGCUGUGUGCGGUGUGCCCGUUUCAUAUUAAGCCUGUGUGCGUGCGUGCGUGUGUAUGUGUGUCUGUGUGUGUAUGGCAUUUUUCCCUUCUUAUCACUCGCUGAGCAGACAUUUUUUGAUGCCGUGUACGCUCGUGUCUCGGUUGACACUUGCUGCAUUUGUACUUCUACUUAUGUCAAUCAUCGACCCCCCCCCCCCCCCCCCCCCGUUUGAAUCGGUCCAUCCGUUUACCACAUCCGCAAACGAACUUUUGUACGUUUUACCAGUUUUGUCAUCUUUCGUAUUCGCUUGAGUAUUCUCAUGAAAUCUUACACUGCUCAUCUCCCCAUGAUCUUCACCAGUACCAAUAUCCGUACCUUACUUAGCGCUGCUGCAGCCAGCUCUCCGCUAAUAUUGUAAUACGAGUGCUGCGUACGAAUCUCCUCGCGCAGGCAUCAUUUUUUUACCAUGGUGAUCUUUAGUCCCAGUAUGCAACGAGCAUGCCUUUAUCAAAUUAUCACUAUGCGACAUUUGACAUUGAUGGCUUCGCUUGUACUUGUAGAACCAAGUGCAAGUAUUUUACUAUCAUAAUACUGUUCCCUAUUUCCCAGUUCCUUUUUUCUGUUAUUUUUCUUUUGCGAGAAUAGAUUAUAUCAAGAGUACAUAACCCCGGGGUUAUGUACUCUUGAUUAUAUCCUGCUUGAGGGACAAUGGUCACUCGAAUUUUUCUCUAAUCCUUAAUUUACCCACAGUGCUGGAAAGUGCUACAAUGUAUGUCACAAUCAACCCGGAGUCAGGGCAAGGCUGACUUUGGGAUCCACUUGGAUCCUAUCAUAUGCUAUUAUUGUAUUGAUCCAUA